AAAAGUACAUUUCGUGUAAAAAAUUUGAAACCCUAGAAUAACGGAACUCAGUCAGAACUCAGAAGUCCACAAAAUCAAGAAACACUGGCCGUAAAGAACCUCGCCGGAAAACGCAGGCGAAGUUGUUCACCUCCCCCAGAACCAUCAACAAAGUUCAGAGGUUCGUCAUACUUUGGUAGGAUUCACAUCAGAUCUAUAUACGGCUAUGUCUGGCAAUUCAGGUUGCACCGUUUACAUAGGCAAUCUGGAUGAGAGGGUUACAGAAAGGGUCUUGUAUGAUAUAUUAAUUCAAGCUGGACGAGUGGUGGACUUGCACAUUCCUAAAGAUAAGGAAACUGAGAAACCUAAAGGCUUUGCCUUUGCAGAGUUUGAAACUGAGGAGAUUGCAGAAUAUGCUGUCAAACUUUUCUCAGGCCUUGUAACACUGUACAAACGGACACUGAGGUUUGCGGCUGCAAAUAAGGACAAAAACACCCCUAAUAGUUCUCCAGCUACUACACCCACUUCAAAUUCUUCUCAACGACCAAGGCCUUACCCUGUUCAAGUAACUAGUUCAGAAAAUUUUCAGCAUUCCCCUAGGCAAUCAAUACCUAGCCGAUUCUCAGAUCAUGCGGUGAAUUAUUCUCAAGUUCCACCUCCUCAUCGUGUAACUGAUCAAUCUAGUGGGUAUGGAUCUCACUACAGUGGCAACCAGUAUGAUUACAGCCGGAGAGCUUUUGGGGAGGCAUUGGAUAGCGCUAACGGUUCUGGCGGUUCUAGGUCACGCCGCCCUGAUGGAAUUAGCCCAGUCUCUUAUCCACCUUACUAAUAUUUUCAAUAGAUCUGAGAGAUUAAACUUCCAUUAAAUAUUAGUUGGAAGUGAAAGUAGAAUGUGAAUGGUAGAUAGUCAAUAUCUACUACUGCUUUAAGCAAAGCAUUGUUGUUGUAGGUGUACCAAAGUUCUUAGUUAUGCAUGUGGGUUGGUGCUUAUGAACAAACUGAUUAUUCCUUAUUAUUAAGGAAUGCCUCCCAUGUGCUUCUGUUUGUUAAACUGCAUAGUUAGUUACAGAAGGUUUUUGAUUUCCUGUUUA